AUGACUUGUUCAAAAGAAUUUGGCGAGCAAGGUGUGAAAACUUUCGUAUGUCCAAGCGAUUUACCCUCCGGCUACUUCGCGGACUCCAGCGACUGCACGCAGUACUACCUUUGUAGCUAUGGCAAUGCCACGCCCCUCAAGUGUGAUGGGGGUUUGCUCUUCAACCCAGUCACGGGGAACUGCGACUUCGACUACAACGUGCAUUGUGUCGUUGGACCUACCCCAGUGGCGCCCGUGUCCUGCCAAGGACUAUUAGAGGGCACCUAUAUCCCAGACCCGGAUCAUUGCCAGUACUUUUACCGCUGUAUGUACGGAGAACCCAGGCGAGGCCGCUGCCAAGAUGGCUUGCUGUGGAGCGAUGUGUACAUAUAUUGUGAUUACGCCAUCAACGUGGACUGCAGUGGCCGGGGUUCUGGGACCACGCCCACCAGUAUCUCGACAGCAACAGCCCCACCUAUGAGCUCAGCAACGUCCGUCACUUCAGUCAUCUCUUGCUUGGACAAGAUGGACGGAGGCUACUACCCAGAUCCCACCAACUGUUACGGCUACUAUUACUGCUCCAACGGGGUACCCUACCCCCAGACCUGUGUGGGUGGACAGCAUUUCAAUCCUGUGACAGUUUCUUGUGACGAUGACGUCAACGUGCUGUGUAUUAUCGGCACCACGCCAGUACCCCCUGUGUCGUGUGACGGAUUGCCAGACGGGACUUACCUCACAGACCCAUAUGACUGCCACCUUUACUACCGUUGUAUGUACGGGGAGGCCAGGCAUGGCCGCUGUCCAGAUGACUUGGUGUGGAAUGACGUUUCCAUGGCAUGUGAUCACGUGAUCAACGUGGACUGCUCGGGUCGAGGACACCAGACGGUCACUGGGAGCACUUCUGGUGUGACGUCAAGCGACUACCCAAGUCCUACACCAACUACACCGGGUUUUUUGUGCCCGAGCUCUGUAUCCAGCGGCUACUAUGCAGACCCUGGCAACUGUUCCCACUAUUUCCUUUGUACUUAUGGUAUUGCCACGGCCAUGCAGUGCGGGGGAGACCUACUGUUUAACCCUAUCACGGCCAACUGUGACCAGGCGGACAAUGUGUACUGUGUGCUGGGGGCCACUGCAGUGGCGCCCGUGUCCUGCCAAGGACUAUUAGAGGGCACCUAUCUCCCCGACCCGGAUCAUUGCCAGUACUUUUACCGCUGUAUGUAUGGAGAACCCAGGCGAGGCCGCUGCCAAGAUGGCUUGCUGUGGAGCGAUGUGUACAUAUAUUGUGAUUAUGCCAUCAACGUGGACUGCAGUGGCCGGGGUUCUGGGACCACACCCACCAGUAGCUUGACACCAACAGCCCCUCCUAUGAGCUCAGCAACGUCCGUCACUUCAGUCUACUCCUGCUUGGACAAGAUGGACGGAGGCUACUACCCGGAUACCACCAACUGUUACGGCUACUAUUACUGUUCCAACGGGGUACCCUACCCCCAGACCUGUGUGGGCGGACAGCAUUUCAAUCCUGUGACAGUUUCUUGUGACGAUGCCGUCAACGUGCUGUGUGUUAUUGGCACCACACUAGUGCCCCCUGUGUCGUGUGACGGAUUGCCAGAUGGGACUUACCUCACAGACCCCUAUGACUGCCAUCUAUACUACCGCUGUAUGUACGGGGAGGCCAGGCAUGGCCGCUGUCCGGAUGACUUGGUGUGGAAUGACGUGUCCAUGGCAUGUGAUCACGUAAUCAACGUGGACUGCUCGGCACGAGGAAACCUGACGGUCACUGGGAGCACUUCUGGUGUGACGUCAAGCGACUACCCAAGUCCUACACCAACUGCACAGGCCUAUUCCUGCGUGGACAAGAUGGACGGAGGCUACUACCCGGAUCCCACCAACUGUUACGGCUACUUUUACUGUUCCAACGGGGUACCCUACCCCCAGACCUGUGUGGGCGGACAGCACUUCAAUCCUGUGACAGUUUCUUGUGACGAUGACGUCAACGUGCUAUGUAUUAUUGGCACCACGCCAGUACCCCCUGUGUUGUGUGACGGAUUGCCAGACGGGACUUACCUCACAGACCCCUAUGACUGCCACUUGUACUACCGUUGUAUGUACGGGGAGGCCAGGCAUGGCCGCUGUCCGGAUGACUUGGUGUGGAAUGAUGUUUCCAUGGCAUGUGAUCACAUGAUCAACGUGGACUGCUCGGGACGAGGACACCAGACGGUCACUGGGAGCACUUCCGGUGUGACGUCAAAUGACUACCCAAGUCCUACACCACCUGCACAGGCCUACUCCUGCGUGGACAAGAUGGACGGAGGCUACUACCCGGAUCCCACCAACUGUUAUGGCUACUAUUACUGUUCCAAUGGGGUACCCUACCCCCAGACCUGUGUGGGCGGACAGCACUUCAAUCCUGUGACAGUUUCUUGUGACGAUGCCGUCAACGUGCUUUGUGUUAUUGGCACCACACUAGUACCCCCUGUGUCAUGUGACGGAUUGCCAGACGGGACUUACCUCACAGACCCGUAUGACUGCCAUCUGUACUACCGUUGUAUGUACGGGGAGGCCAGGCAUGGCCGCUGUCCGGAUGACUUGGUGUGGAAUGAUGUGUCCAUGGCAUGUGAUCACGUGAUCAACGUGGAUUGCUCUGGACGAGGACACCAGACGGUCACUGGGAGCACUUCCGGUGUGACGUCAAGCGACUACCCAAGUCCUACACCAACUGUACAGGCCUACUCCUGCGUGGACAAGAUGGACGGAGGCUACUACCCGGAUCCCACCAACUGUUAUGGCUACUAUUACUGUUCCAACGGGGUACCCUACCCCCAGACCUGUGUGGGCGGACAGCACUUCAAUCCUGUGACAGUUUCUUGUGACGAUGCCGUCAACGUGCUUUGUGUUAUUGGCACCACACUAGUACCCCCUGUGUCAUGUGACGGAUUGCCAGACGGGACUUACCUCACAGACCCGUAUGACUGCCAUCUGUACUACCGUUGUAUGUACGGGGAGGCCAGGCAUGGCCGCUGUCCGGAUGACUUGGUGUGGAAUGAUGUGUCCAUGGCAUGUGAUCACGUGAUCAACGUGGAUUGCUCUGGACGAGGACACCAGACGGUCACUGGGAGCACUUCCGGUGUGACGUCAAGCGACUACCCAAGUCCUACACCAACUGUACAGGCCUACUCCUGCGUGGACAAGAUGGACGGAGGCUACUACCCGGAUCCCACCAACUGUUAUGGCUACUAUUACUGUUCCAACGGGGUACCCUACCCCCAGACCUGUGUGGGCGGACAGCACUUCAAUCCUGUGACAGUUUCUUGUGACGAUGCCGUCAACGUGCUUUGUGUUAUUGGCACCACACUAGUACCCCCUGUGUCAUGUGACGGAUUGCCAGACGGGACUUACCUCACAGACCCGUAUGACUGCCAUCUGUACUACCGUUGUAUGUACGGGGAGGCCAGGCAUGGCCGCUGUCCGGAUGACUUGGUGUGGAAUGAUGUGUCCAUGGCAUGUGAUCACGUGAUCAACGUGGAUUGCUCUGGACGAGGACACCAGACGGUCACUGGGAGCACUUCCGGUGUGACGUCAAGCGACUACCCAAGUCCUACACCAACUGUACAGGCCUACUCCUGCGUGGACAAGGUGGACGGAGGCUACUACCCGGAUCCCACCAACUGUUAUGGCUACUAUUACUGUUCCAACGGGGUACCCUACCCCCAGACCUGUGUGGGCGGACAGCACUUCAAUCCUGUGACAGUUUCUUGUGACGAUGCCGUCAACGUGCUUUGUGUUAUUGGCACCACACUAGUACCCCCUGUGUCAUGUGACGGAUUGCCAGACGGGACUUACCUCACAGACCCGUAUGACUGCCAUCUGUACUACCGUUGUAUGUACGGGGAGGCCAGGCAUGGCCGCUGUCCGGAUGACUUGGUGUGGAAUGAUGUGUCCAUGGCAUGUGAUCACGUGAUCAACGUGGAUUGCUCUGGACGAGGACACCAGACGGUCACUGGGAGCACUUCCGGUGUGACGUCAAGCGACUACCCAAGUCCUACACCAACUGUACAGGCCUACUCCUGCGUGGACAAGAUGGACGGAGGCUACUACCCGGAUCCCACCAACUGUUAUGGCUACUAUUACUGUUCCAACGGGGUACCCUACCCCCAGACCUGUGUGGGCGGACAGCACUUCAAUCCUGUGACAGUUUCUUGUGACGAUGCCGUCAACGUGCUUUGUGUUAUUGGCACCACACUAGGUAAAUGUAAAGUUGUGAAAUUCUGGCUUUUUGUUUUUUAA